AUGUCCUCUCUCACUAGACCGCCUACCAUCCCGUCUGGUGGCGAGACAGCGACCAACUCCGAAACAGCCAUCGGCGGAGAAGGCGGAACCAAUAUCGCACCCAAAGACACAGAGACCCUAGCUCAAGCCGGCAAGGAUCCAAAGUCCGGCAGCAUCUCAGCAUCUCAACCCGGAAGCGCUGAAGCAGCGGCUGAGAAGCUCUUCGAAGAAAGGAUGGAGGAGGAAUACGCGAAGCGGGAAGGAGGCGCAUGA